AGGCAGUUGAAGAAGAACAAGUGGAAGAAAACGAAGAGGAAGAAACUCGAGUAAACAAGAGAACAACAACGAAGACUUAGAUUUGUUUAAGUUAUAUGUCUUUUAUUUACAUGUAAUGCACUUUGGAGUGGAUUGUUGUGCUGGAAACUCUGUGGAGAUAUCCGGGGCUUAUGGCGGAAAAGUGGACGGAGAGAAUUAGUGCUUUCUUUCGUAGUCCUUGUAAAUUUAUUUCAUCCACAUCAGCGGACACUUUCCUGUCCGAAUUACUUAGUGAACUCCGAGAUGACAAAGUCACUUACACUACCAAGGUCCUCCUCCUGUCACCACUAUGUGAGCAUCCAUCCCUCCUUUGUUCCUCCCAGUCUGUUGGUGAGGAGACACUGGUGGAGCUCUUGUCCAUCUUUGUCCAGUGUCCACCUAAAUGUCUUCAGUUUCGCAAUCACCUCCUCAUCACCCUCACAUCUGUCUUCAUCUGUACCUCCUGCGUGAGCAAAGAAGUCCACCUAUGUGAGGACUUCCUGGAUCUGCUCCUUCAGCUCGUGCAGGAUACAUCAGACCUCCACAGUGACCUUCUCUUAGGAGCUACAGCAUGUGAAUGCCUGCGAGAGCUGGAGGCUUGCUGCCCCGGACUGUUGUCUCAUCGCCUGGAGCUGAUUGGUGGACUUUGGAGCAAAGAAAGUUCCAGACUUCACCAGGCUUAUGCAGGACUGCAUACCUUGGUGUUGAGGAAUUGUCUUUACCAGCUGGCCCGAGAUCCAACAUCUGGUGAUGAUCAUCUCCAAACUUUGUUAGGGUUAAAUGCAUUUACCUGCAAGGAAGCAGACCAGGAGGUAGUUGAAAUAAAGAAAGACUCGUCCAUCUUCUCCUCCCUUAUAAGGGCUAACAUGGACACAGUUGCCAUUCUUCAGACAGGGCGGGACUGCAAGGAUUUACGAAGUGUCUUAUCUUCCAACCUGGAGAAUUGUUUCCUUUUCACGCCACUGUAUCAAGCAAUGGUUCUCCACAGACUGAUGGAGGUGGUUGCCAUAGUUCCUGCCAUCCCACCGUCCAUAUUCAGGUCCCAGCUGCUGCGGCUGCUCGGCACCAGUGAGGUUUGCCUUCUUCAUAGUACCCUGCUGAUGAAGUGUGCAUACACCGACAGCCUGUUCAGCACCGACGACGAAGCUUUCCUGCUGAGACGAUUGGUCGUUCUAUCCCAGCAUCCGCUGCUGAGGAAACCGCAGAAGCUCUUCUUCAUGGACUAUAUUCUGCAUUUUCCCGAGAACCGUCCAAUCGGCUGUGGAGAUGGCACGGAAAACGUCCCAGUGCUGCUGACGCCCCACCUGGGCAGUACUCUAGCACCCACGGUACUCAAUGAUGACGCUUCCAUGCUGGGACGCUUCAACCUGCUGGCGCUGAUCUACCAGGAGGAGGCUGAGAAAGAUGGAGGGGAGGAAAGCAAAGGGAUGCUCUAUCUCUACCAACACCUCAUUUCGUUAUUCCACAUCGUGGAAAAAGGAUGCAACCGAGAGAUUGUUGUGACAUUUUUCCGAGCUGUUUACCUUUUUCUGGUCUACUUUUGUCCUGUGGAGAAAUUCUCUCAUCGCAUCGCAGAUCAACUCUGCAAGCUUUAUCGGCGUCAAGCCCACUUGGUACCGCACAUCCUCAACUUGGCCGACCAGACUGCUGAUGUGUUCCCUGAGUGUCGUUGGGCUGCCAGGCUGUGCACGGCUCUGCGGGAAACCAUCAUGGAGACUCAAGCCUCGGGAUUUACCUUACAAGACCUGACCUGGCACCUCAAGGUGCUGGCUCGCGUGGCGGAGGAAGACCAAAUCCCACAGAGAAGCACCCUGAACCUACUUUCCAACAUGAUUAUGGCGCCUUCUUCAUCGCUGUGCACGAGUAGCGACUGGCGUCUGGGAAAUGCGGUGCUAGGAGUUUGCCGCCGUUUGAUGACACAUUCCAGCCUCAGCUCACUCUUCAUGCCUCUAGCCAACAUACUGCAGCAUUUGGCAUGUUGCUACGGUGACGCUGACAUUGAAGACCAUGCCCGACUGUACUACACCCUCCUGACGACGCUCUGUAAAGACAAGAUGUCUGCUAUCGUCGCACAGGAUGUGAGGGAGCAAGGGCAGCAGAUGAAGCAGCGCUCGUUAUCCUGCAUCAUGGCGGACAGCGAGAGACUCACCGUUCACCACACAGAUGAAGCAGUCUUUCAGCUGGUUGAGGUACAAAACCAAACCCACCUAGAAGGUGGGGACCUGGUUUCAAAGGAGACAGAGAACCGCUCAGGACUUGAAGCCUACAGAGAUCAAUUCAACGACCCUUGCUUUGGCUCUCAGCUGGUUUUGUACUAUCAUCUCAGUCAUACUCCAUUUUCCAACCAACCCUGCUUCGAUAAGGUCUUCAGCAUCUGCCUGCAUUUCAGCUUCAGGGACGAGCACUACGAAGAACUCAGUGACUUCAACGUCCCUUGUCUGUUCAGGGGGAGUCCACCUCCUGUGGUGAAGCUCAGCUUGAAGCCCAGGUUGCCCAUCCCCACCACACUCUGUGCCAGCGCUGUUUUCAGCACCUCCAACGGUCUGACUUGGUCCACGUCCCUGCCAGACAUCCACAUGGUUCUUCAGCAGAUGCUUGUACCUCUGCCCGUCCCCACUGCAUGGCCCAGCGAAGACAAAGUGAGCGUCUUUGAGAGUCUUUGGGAUGAAAUCAGUGCGGAGAAACAUGCAGAUGAUGCUAGCAGCCUGUUUUGUUGCCAGAUGCAAUCAAGGGAGGUUGAAGCCUUGGUGGAAAAACAUUUCCUUCCCUUUGUUAUAUCACGUCGAACUGAUCGGGCACAAGUCAACUUGCUCUUUUUCAUCCCCCCACAAUUUCACGUCCUGCUGAAGUUGAUUUCAGAAGAGGAUGCCGUUCAUUUCAAUAUCGCUACAGAUAACUGGCGCCUGUUGCCUCACGUCAGAUCCUUUCUGUCCACUUUUACCUCCAAUCUGUGAUGUUUCAAUCAACAAUAUGUACCAAAACAAAACAUCAAAGUCAGCAAAAUAAAGUUUCGUAGAACUUAUAUGCUGUCUAGUUUCAGUCAGGUUUUGAUAUAAAGCACUUUGGGUGUCAAGAAAUGCGCUAUACCAGUUCAAUCAAUUAUUAUUGAUUCUAGUUGUAGUUUUAAAUGCAUAUGUCUCGCUAAGUAAAGGUCUUGGCCACACAAUUAUGAAAACCUGGCAUCGUGAAAACACUUUUGUAGGAACUUAACAAGCAUUUAGGCCAGAAGUGAGACCCGCCAGAUGUCUCAAUCCGGCCCGCCAUUUCCAAAGGGGACCUAUUUCAGCCUUUUGUAUUGAGUUGUGGACUCCUAUAGAGGAGCUACACACAGAAAGCUUUCUAGAUCUUCCAGAAUCUACACCUAUUCCAGCUGCAUUCCCAAAACAGUCUGUUUGAAUUUAUUCCACCCACUCCACUGGGAUUGGUGCCAGUCAGCUUGUACCCAGGGUCAUCGAUGUAAGGAAGUCACCUGCUGGAUGGAGCCGGUCAUGUCUCACAGGGAAGCAUGGGAAGUCACCUUAAGCCAGUGUUAGAAACUCUGAAACCGAGCCUCCCAAACCUCUUUCGGGGCUCACUUCCAAGUGUGCAAACCUUAUUAUCUGACACUUUGGCAUGGUUUAAAUAAUACACCAUUCUAACAACAUUUAUAUAUCAGAAAAAUGGAAAAAGCACAAUAGGUCCCCUUUAAGACAAUUCACAUCAAAACUGUUGAUGGCUUUUGUCGCCAAAAUAGUUAGAUGAAAUCCAUGGCUUGUAGAGAAUAGCAAUCCAAACAACACAAUGCACACAAAGUAACCUACCUACUGCACCAUGUGGGUAAAAAUCAUUUCUAUAUUCCCGCUGCAAGGCAUGCUGGGUAGCUUGUGGUAAGUGUCCAACAUUUUGUCACGUUUGUUGCAUUUUUGCUACAUUGCAAAAUAUGUUGAGGAGGUUGUCAGAAAAAAACAAGGAGGAGUUAACAAACAUACUCUUGAUAUCCAGUGUUUUACUGUUCAAAAUUCAUAUUGUGGUUGUAGCUGAACUACCCAGCAUACCUUGCGGGCAUUUGGAAAUACCAGAAUUAAUUUCUGUUAUGUUUAGCAUUUACGUAGUUGAUUUAUGUGAUGUAAUAACUUGCUGUGGAUGUGUUUGUUUUGUUACACAAUAUGGCAUUAUGCUUGAUGCCACCUAUAUAGAUGAAAUAGACAACUAUUCCAACAAAUUACAUAAAAUACUGCUCAUGUACUUACAUGGAAACAUGUAUAUACAGUAGGGAAAGUAAGUAUAUUCAUAACAUUUUUGUAAGUUUAUCCCACAUCUGCGUGUCAUAAAUGAAUUUGGAUUUUAAUGUGUACAAGGUGCUACAUACAAUAUGGUAAAAUAAUGUUCCUUUUAUUUCCAACAGUGUAGCACAAAAGUCACAUUUGACCACCAGAGAGCAGGACAACUCAUGGCCAUACAGUUCAUAUUAAUAGUGCUCUUAUUGGAUAUACUUUUUACAUAUAUGAAUUAAUAAUGAUUCAUUCAUUGAUAACAUUUCUAUUAAAAUCCAAUAACAUCCUAAACUUAGCUGAGACA